AUAUAAUAGUUGAUUAUUUUAUUUAAAUACAGCUUUUGUCGCAAUGCAAUAAGGUUCUGAUAAAGAUAUAUGAUGAAAAGCCUCUAACUAUACUAUACUAACUUGUCAAAGAUAAGUUUAUAUUACAAGACUUAUUUGUUUAAGAGGCAGAGUAAUAUAUAAUAAUCAUUAAGUAAGCUUAAGGAGAACUAAUUACACAUGUCGUUUUAAUUCCGAACAGUGUAAAAUACAAUGGAACUUUUCAGUGAAGAUGAUAUAAACUUUAUUUUAGAACAAUGUACAAAAUCAAAAAGUUUGAAUUGGCAUAUUACUGAAUAUUCGAAUACUCUCGUAGGCUAUUUGGGAGAACAUUUAAGUUUAAUUGUCGACACUGAUAUAGGAAGAAAUUUUUUUUUUGUGAAAUGUGUGCCGAGAUUCGACCAAUGGAAGGCAAAUUACUUAAGAGAGACCUCCUUUUUUGACAAGGAGUAUAUAAUGUUAAGUACAUUAUUCAAAAAAUUUCGAGAUAAUGAUGGUUUGAGGAUAUGGCGCCCUAAACUAUUAUAUAUUAGAAAAGAUUUGUUUGUUUUUGAAGACGUUACACAAUUGGAUUAUACGAUGCCGAGUAACACCAGUACGUUAUCUUACGACGAGAUUAUGGCAACAGUGGCUUCUUUGGCCAGAUUUCACGCACAAUCUUACAUUCACGAAGAAGAACAAAGCAUGUUAUUGUGUAGACCGUAUAGUUUAUGGGACGACUACGCCGAGUAUCUAUCUGAGCCGGCAAAGGGUGUCGCAUGGCGUGAGACGGGAAUGAGAGCUGCGAUUGACUUUCUCAAGGUCUAUUCAGAGUUUCGGUCGAAAAAUGAUUUUGUUAAAUUAAUCGAAGAUAGAAUUCCUGAGUUAUUUAGUAUUGCUGAUGAUCUUAUGAAACCCAGCACGAAGUACAGAAAUGCUGUUGUUCAUAGAGAUGUCUGGUCCAAUAACAUUUUUUUCAAAAAGCUAGAAAAUGGCAAUACGCAUGCGCUGAUAGUCGACUAUCAAACAGUUUUGUACUGCGUACCUACGAUCGACUUAUCUUCGAUGAUAUAUUUUAAUACUACAAAAAAAUUUAGACUUGAAAAUACAAAUAGAAUGAUUGAUUACUACUAUGAAGUCCUAAGUGACGAAUUGGAAUUAGAAAAUAUAGAUAAAACAUCAAUUAUAAAUAAAUGUGACUUUGUUAAAUCGUACACGGAAAGCCUUGUGUUUGCAAUGACUCAAGCUGCUUUGAUAGUUCCUAUAAUCGCUAUGAGUGCAGAUAAGAGAAAAGAAGUUUUUGAAAAUCCUGAGAUAUGUGCUAAAAUAAACGAAGUUUCCCGGAGCCAGGAAUUUAUAGAGAUAGCAAAAGAAAGUAAAACAUACAGAAUUCGAGUAAUUGAACUCCUGGACUACUUAGUGGAAACAUUUCUGAUCAACAAUAAACAGUAACACAUAGUAUUGUUAUCUACAGAUUUUAAGUAAAUAUUGUCAGAACAUC